AUGUCUACUAAUUUUGAAAAGCAUUUCCAAGAACUAGUUGACGGUUCCACUAUGGAAGAAUUAAGAGAUAUCUUAAUCAACAAAUCUGGAAACACCGAAUUAGCUAACAGAUUCAGAGCUUUGUUUAACUUAAAGACAUUAGCCGAAGACUUUCAAGCUAAACCAGACGUUGCUAAAUUAGCUGUUUAUUACAUCGCCGAAUGUUUCAAUGAUGAAAGUGAACUAUUAAAGCAUGAAGUUGCUUACGUCUUAGGUCAAACCAAGAACAUGGAAAGUUGUCAAAUUUUAAGAGAAGUCACUCUUGACCAAAACCAACAGUGUAUGGUCAGACAUGAAGCUGCUGAAGCUUUAGGUGCUUUGGGUGACAUUAACUCUUUAGAGUUAUUAGAAAAGGCUGCUGUUGAAGAUCCAGCUUUAGAAGUUAGACAAACUUGCGAAUUAGCUGCCUCUAGAAUCAAAUGGCAACACGGUACUGAAAAGGAUGCUGAGCACUUACAACAAUCAUUGUACUCUUCCAUCGACCCAGCUCCACCAUUAGCUUUACAACAGGAUUACAAGAUUGAAGAAUUAAAAAGCAUCUUAAAUGACCAAGAGAAGCCAAUGUUUGAAAGAUACAGAGCUAUGUUCAGACUAAGAGAUGUUGGUACCGAUGAAGCUUGUUUUGCUUUAGCUUCUGGUUUCAACGAUCCAUCUGCUUUAUUUAAACAUGAAAUUGCUUAUGUUUUCGGUCAACUAGGUAACCCAUGCAUUGUUCCAAACUUAGUCGAAGUUUUAGGUAGAAAAGAAGAAGCUCCAAUGGUCAGGCAUGAAGCUGCUGAAGCUUUAGGUGCCAUUGCUACUGAUGAUGUCUUACCAAUCUUAAAAGGCUACUUAAACGAUGAAGUUGAUGUUGUCAGAGAAUCUGCUAUUGUAGCUCUAGAUAUGUACGAAUACGAAAACAGUGCCCAAUUAGAAUAUGCUCCAUCUUAA